ACACCUCUUUUGAUGUUUUCUUCUUUGGGAAAAGCUUCUGAUGCGAAAUAAGACUUUUCUAAGUCUUCCCAGUCUUCCAUCAUCCGCAGCCGUAAACUUGACUUCAAGUCUACUCUGCAAUAAAUCUCCUGCACCGGUCCCCUCUAAAGCACCUCAAAAGCUGCAGAAGCCGCAAUCUUUUCUUAACCUCCACUACCAAACUCUCUCUCCCGCGCGCGCACAAUGAAGAACAAGGCUAGCAAAAGCAAUAUUUCCUGCACGAGUGCUCUACUAAUUCACAAUAUUUAUCUAUGCCCGACUUUCCUACUCUGCCAUUUUUUGAUUUACGUCGCCGGUGACUUCCAAAAGUUCACUACCGAAAACAUUACCAUCGACUGUGGCUCCAGCGGCAACGUCAGUAACUGGCAAGACCACCGAAUGUGGACCGGCGACACCGAAACCUCCAGUCUCUUCACCUUAGAAGAACGUUCAAAACCGAAAGUCUCAGUCGCCUCUUCUGCAACUCAACCUCCCCGCACAGCCAGCCAAAUCCCCUACUCCACCGCAAGGAUCUCCGGUCACGAAUUCCGCUAUAUAUUCCCGGUCACCGCUGGCCAAAAAUUCAUUCGCCUGCACUUCUUCCCGGCUUCAUACCCAGGUAAUUUUGACCGCUCUAAAGCCUUUUUCUCUGUUCAAGCCAACCACUUCACCCUUCUUCGCAACUUCAGCGUUGCUCUCACCGUUGAUCACCUAAAAUCGGAGGUCAUGUUCCGAGAAUUUUGCAUCAACGUGGAAAAAGAUGAAACGUUGAACAUAACGUUUUCCCCAUCUCCAACUCCUCCAGAUUCCUAUGCCUUCAUCAAUGGAAUUGAAAUAGUACCCAUGCCUAGCAAUCUUUACUACAGCGCCACGAACUCCUCAGGAAUCAAAUUCGUCGGCCAACAGAACUUUUUCCGUGUUGAAAAUAAGUUUGCUCUCGAGACGGUUUACAGAUUAAACGUGGGUGGGAAAGAUAUUUCCCCCCCAAAUGACACCGGCAUGUACAGGGAGUGGUCUCGAGACGACGACUUCUUGCCGCCUGAACUCCCUGGCGUUCUUCCUCUCAACUCGUCGAUUCAACCCAGUUUCGGGAUCAUAGCUAAUUACAGUGCGCCGGUCGAGGUAUACCGCACCGCCCGGUCCAUGGGCAUGAACAAAACCAAGAACUUGAGCUACAAUCUCACCUGGAAACUGCCCGUCGACCCCGGGUUCAAUUACUUGGUUAGGCUUCAUUUCUGCGAGUUCGAACCCAAUGUUACAAAAGAGAGCGACAGAGAGUUUCACAUAUAUAUUGCCAAUCAAACAGCUGAGCCAUAUGCGGACGUGAUCUCGUGGAGCGGAGGAAACGGCGUCCCUGUGUACAAAGACUACGCGGUGUCCUUGCAAAACCAGGAGAGCCUGUAUGUAGCAUUACACCCUAAUGCGGAGUCAAGGACAAAAUACUCUGAUGCCAUCCUUAACGGACUCGAGGUCUUCAAGAUCAGCAACUCCUACGACAGUCUCGCUGGUCCAAACCCAAACCCAACUCCUCUUACUCCACCCCCAUUUAAUGCAGGAAUUUCCUUUUCCGGUCGCGAGAACGCAAAGAUGAGAACAAAAACCAUCGCAGCCGCUGCUGCUGCGUUUUCUUUGAUUUUGGCGCUCUUUCUCAUUUGGGUCUUCGUUAUUCGGCAGCGUAAGCGAGCGGAGGACGAGUCGGUCUCCAGCAGUGACACUUUAUUGCCGGCCAAGGAUCAAUCACUGCCGAUCGGUCUGUGCCGACACUUUUCACUGUCGGAAAUUAGAGCGGCGACGAAGGACUUCGAGAGUGCUCUGGUCAUCGGAGUCGGAGGCUUCGGCGACGUCUACAAGGGGCACAUCGACGGCGGCGCCACCACCGUCGCCAUCAAGCGGCUGAAACCAGGGUCACGACAGGGUGCCCACGAAUUCAGGACGGAGAUCGAGAUGCUUUCACAGCUCCGCCACGUCCAUCUCGUCUCUCUCAUCGGUUUCUGCAACGACGGCGGCGAGAUGAUCCUGGUGUACGACUACUUUUCGCGUGGGUCCCUUCGCGACCAUCUCUACAAAACUGACAAUGCUCCGUUGACGUGGAAGCAACGCCUCGCAAUCUGCCUGGGUGCUGCCCGCGGGCUGCACUAUCUUCAUGCAGGUGCGAAGCGCACGAUCAUUCACCGCGACGUGAAGACCACAAACAUCUUGUUGGAUUCAAAAUGGGUGGCAAAGGUUUCAGAUUUCGGGUUGUCCAAAAUGGGGCCCAACAACGCGGCCAAUGCCCACGUCACGACCGUGGUUAAGGGUAGCUUCGGGUAUUUGGAUCCGGAGUAUUUCCGGCGUCAGCAGUUGACGGAGAAGUCUGACGUGUACUCUUUUGGCGUGGUACUGUUAGAGGUUCUAUGCGGUCGACCACCACUGAAUCAAACCCUGCCGAAGGAACAAGUGAGUUUGGCCGAGUGGGGCCGAAUUUGCUACCAAAGCGGAACGCUCGAACAGAUCGUGGACCCACAUUUGAACGGCCAGAUAGCUUCGGAGUGCUUGAAGAUAUACGGGGAGAUCGCAGUGAAUUGCUUGGUUGAUGAGGGGAUCAGACGGCCGUCGAUGGGCGAUGUGGUGGGGAGCCUUGAGUUUGCGAUGUCGCUGCAGGAGGGUGGGGAGCAGAUGAUCAAAUUGGACCCGAGGGAAAAUGUUGCAUUUUAUUCUAGUGAUGGAACGACGUCGGGUAGCAGUUGGUUAAUGACUCCGAGCAGCGUUGGGGAAAGUGCCUCUGUGGGGGCUGCAAGUAGCGACACCGACAGGGGGAUGACAGGGAUCGUGUUUUCCGAAAUCAUGAACCCCGAAGCGAGAUAAGAUGAGCUGGAGAUUUAUGAUUUGGAGAGGCAUGGAAGAAACUUAGAAAAUUCAUUGCCCUAAUUAAUAAUGGCGAUGAUGGUGGUUGAGGUCACGAAAUAGGCAAGGAAGUGGUCAAUAUAAGUUGGUUGUUAAAUAUGUAAAUAUCAAAUAUUUUAAAAAUGUUUAUAUUCGCGAAUGUUUUUUCAUGAAUUCAAUUACUAACUUGUGUAUUUUGACCUAAUUAUUAAAUUGAAGUUAUGCACCAAA